AUGAAUAAAAAGUUAUUGUUCGAAUUAGAAAAUCACUAUACUUAUCAUAUAGAAGCUCAGAAUCUAGUAGAAAAGGAACAUGCAUGUUCUUUCUUGCAAACAGGAAAGAAGAGUAUUUUACAGGAUUAAUAUAUUUGUUUGGAUUGCUUUCCAAGUGAAAGGUAUGGAGUAUGUAAAUAUUGCAUAGGAUAUUGCCAUGAAGGGCAUAAUAUUAAAUAUUUCAGAAAGUCGCGUUUUUUUUGCGAUUGUGCAAUGCUAGGUCAUAAAUUUCGUUAAAGGGAAAUUCUCAUUGUCAAAGAUUGUUUUUUGUACCAUAUUGAUACAAAUUUUAGAAAGAAAUUUUACAUGUGCCCUAGAUGUAACAUUUCCCUGUGUUUUUUUUGUGCUUAUGAUUCUAAACAUAGAGCUCAUUUUGAAGUUCAUGAUAGAGCAGAAUUAAGGGGAUUAGAAUCUAAAAGCAUAUUUUUAAACAAUAAUUAAGAUUAAAUAUUUUCUUCAAGUAAUCUUAACACCAGUGCGCUAUUUAUGAAAGGAAAGUAAAUGAAAAAGAUGAAACAAAUAGUUACUAGAAUUCCCACAACAGAUAAUUUGUAAGAAUAUGUUUUAACAAACAAAAACUAGAAAUGUGAGUGUGAUGAUUGCACUCAUCACAGAGUUUCAAGAAUGCGUUCAUUUAUCACCAGAUACAAACAAAUUAUAACUUAAAACAGGUUAGAUGAUUGUAUAAUUAAUACACUGUUUAACUUCUUGUUUGAAAAUGAAGCUAUUUACAUGGGCUUAUUUUAAAAGUUUGAAGCUCAUAUGAGUCUGAUGAGAACGAAGUUUACUAAGAUGGGAAAUGAAAAUUAAAUUGCUUAAUUAGCUGAAGACAAUUCUUUUUUAGAUUAUGUGUUUAUCCAUGAUAAUUUGCAACUGGUCAAUUUACAUAAUAAUACAAAAAAACGUUUCUUAAAACUAAAUAGCAAGUUUUUAAAUAUAACUACUACUGAAUAUAUUCAUAAUAUCAUAAUGAAUAUGCCAAAUACGAUAUAAGUAAUAGAUUCUUAUUCGAUGAAUUGGUAUGAAAAGAUUGUCGAAUUCUUAAUGCAAAUAUAUAUUUUACUGAUUAAAGAUGAUAUAUCUUAAUUAAGAAAAAUCGAAACGAAGACCAUAGAAAAUUAUUCUCCUUUCUAGAGAAUGGGAAUUAGAGAUUUCUCUUAACACUACAAUUAAAAGGGUUAUAUUGUCUUAAACUAUUAAAAUAUUUCUAAAGAAAUUAAGCAAUAUAUUGAUUUGAUAUCUGAAAUUGAUUUCUCUAUCAAUAUUUAAAAUAAAUUACUUAACUUUUCUCUCAAGAUAAUCAAAGCAAUACUUAAAUGCAGGCUAAUAUCAGGAAGCAAAGAGUAAGCUUUUCUAAAAAAAAUUCUUAACACUUUAAAUGUCGAGCUAUAGAAGUUUACCACUGAAGAAGCAAGUGAAAUUAUCAGUGAGAAAUCUUUAGUUCUUCUUUCAGAUAUCUUGGUAUUGUGUUUUUUUCACUAAAAAGAUUUGCAAUUUGAAACUGAGUUAGUGAACCAAGGCUUGCUUAAAAGAACAUUUUAAGAAAAACUGUCUAAAAAUUCUGAAGGAUAAAAGAUAGCAGAUGAUAUGAAUUUUCCAGAUAUUACAGUAGAAAAGAAGAAAUUUUACUUUUUGUAUGAAGGAGAUGAUUAAAAUAAUAUGAACAUUUACAAAAUAUUAUUUGGGACAAUAUUGAAUAUUUAAAUGAAUAAAAAGUUUUUAGAUUCAACACCUCAAGGGUUCUAAAAAAUACAAUCAAACAUUCAAAAGCUAAUGCGUGAAUAAUGUGUUUCCUCUACUUUAUAUAUUGAAGGUAUUAGAAGAUGUACUGAGGAAUCUUAUAAUUCUUACGUUAUCCUUAAGGAUCUUUUUUCAAAGAAAAAUGUAUUGAAGGAGCCAAGAAAAAAUUUAGAUAAAUUGAUAGACAAAUAUGUUUUAGGUAAAAAGAUUACAGAUUCUUUUUCUCCUCCAGAGAUAAUUGAAGAUUUGAAGAAUGAGUUGUUUGAUAUUCUAAAUUAGAUAAUAAGCACAGACGAAUAUGAAUUUUUCCUCAUUCUCAUUAAUAAUAAAACUCUAAAAAGCUCUGCCAGCUAUUCAAAAUCAGAUAAAAAAAAUUAUCCUUUGAAAUUGAAAGAAUUCUAGGCUAAAAUAGUUAGAUCAGGAAUAGACAUUUCUAUCAUUAGGUUAUUUUAAUAUUACUUUUUUAUUCAUCCAAAAUCAAGUGUCAAAACAAAUAUUCACACAUUUAGAAACUCUUCUCCAAAUUAUAUGUAACCUUUUGCUGUUUUAAAUAAGUGUCUUGAUAUUUUGAAAGUAUAUGGAUACGAAAAUAUUGAUAACAUGGCUGCUUUGAUGUAAAAAAAUAAUCUUGAAAUUAUAUAAAAGCUAAUAGACUAAACUGAUUCUUAUUUGGAAUUCAGCACAUUUUAUCAUGAUCUUCUAACUUCUUUGAAAGAAAAAGAAACUUUUCCAUAGCCUCUACUAAUAUUUGAUCAUUUUGAGCAUGUGCUUGAUCACGUAGACACAAAGUAUUAUGAUGUCACUGAACUUUCUUCUUUCCUUUACCAAAACCUUCUUAGAUUCAGGACAAAUAUGUAUGAAUCAAUUUUAAUUAUUAUAGAAAAGUAUGAUUCGAGAACUAAAAAAAAAGAAGAUUAUUAUGAAAAGAGCUCAGUUCUUUAUCAUUGCUUCUAAAGUAUAUCUAGAAAUGUUUUGAUGAUAGUUGAUGAGAUGUUUGAAGGGGGAUUAUUUUCAAAAAAAACUAUGAAACCACAUAAAUAUAUUAAAAAGGGAAUAAGUGAAAGUUUAAAGCAUGUAAAUAACAAGUUUAACACUAUCUUGGAGGAUGAUUGCUUUGUGAUCACAGCUAAUGAUUCAAACAAUUUUACUAAAUUAAAAGAAAUUUCACAGACUUAAGAAGAUCACAUUGCAUUUAAAACAAUUUAAUUAUUUGCAAUUUGUAUGAAGCUACUUAAUAUUCUUAUGGAAAACAAUGAAACUAUUUUCCCUUAAAAAAACAUUGACAUCUUGACUGAAAUAUUUCCUGAUAUGAGUAAUUCACAUUUAAGUGAGUAAACCUUUGCUUUCUUAGAAGAGCUUUAUUAGGAUUCAGAGUACUUUAUUGAUAUUCAAACUGAAAUGUUUAGAUUCUUUAACAUUCACUUUUUGAAAGCUAAAAAUGUCAUCUAGAGCUUUGAAAAAAGAAACUUUGAAAUGAAUUUGCUCAUUGGAAGUGACCUAAAGGUAGAUAAACUUUCCACAAAAAUAUUUGCUCUGAAAUCUAAUAUCUAAAAUCUUGAGAAGCUACUUAGGGCUAACAUUUAGGGAUUUGUAUCAAAAGUUAAAAUUUUUUAAAAGAUGCUUAAAAAGUAGCUGAACUUUUUGAAGGACUUUGGUCUCUACGCUAUAUUCUUGCCAUUUGAAAAUAUAAUCAGUUUUACAAAGCUGGUAGGAGAUGCUAAUUUUCUUAACGGUAGAGAGCUUAUGAAGAUAUAGGAGUUGGUAAUCGAAUUUAUAUUUAUAAGAGACUUAUUUACUCAUGUAAUGCUCAAAUCAUAAAUACCUCGUAACUUAAAGCAAUAGUAAGCUAAUGCUCUUUUAGAAUAGAAGUCAUCUACUCCAGAAGGUAAGCUCUUUGGAAAAAUAGAAGACAUUUUCGAAAAGUAUGAGUAGAGGUUAGUGAACAAGAAAUACAUAAAAAUAUAUAAAAAACACAUGAGUCGUUCCUCAGGUAUAGUAGAACCUAAAAACAUAAAUCCUUAAUACUAUGACUUUUAUAAAGAAAUAAUUAACUUCAUAGAUAAUCUAGGAAAUAAAUAAAAUGAAUCUAUUUUGAUCGAGAAAUCUCCUUUAUAUUAAAUUCAUUAUUAACAGAUAAAACUAAAAAAUUUUUGCAAAAUAAGCAGUAUUUUUAUGAAUUACAUACUUAAUUAAAUUAAGCAACCCAGUGCUCUUUAUCCUUACAGUAAAUUAUAAUCUUGCGAGUAUUAUAACUACAACUCUAUGUGCAAUCACGUUAAAUUAAUGAAUCGUCUUCUCAUUUUAGACACAACUCUUUUCUAAGGGAUUAUUAGAGAAUAUUUGGAAGAAUCACCUGCAAAUAAAGAAUUGUUUGUUUCUAUUCUGUAAAUAGUUGCCCAGUAUAUGCCUUAGCUUUUCUCUUUAGUUAAGAAUUAUGAAACGAACUUUGAAGAUAAUACACUAAGAUGGAUUGGUGACUUAAGUGUUGAGUUUAUUCAAUUAUUCAGAUACCUUGCUGAGGAAUAGCAUGAAUAUUUACAGAAAAUAAUUGGUGAGUAAGGUAUACUUAGAAGAAUGAUAGGUUUAUGUGAAUUACUUUUCAAAUCAUGGCAAAUUGAUACCUUAACUAGUAAAAAAGCAUAGGCCUAAUUACUAAUGGAAGGAGGUAUUUCAUAAACAUUUAUAAAGCUGUUUACAUAUUCUAUGAUUGGUUUGGCUGAAAUGCAUCUUGGUCCCUGCCUUGAAAAUUAAAAUCUUACUAUCCAGCUCUUCAACUAAUAAAAAAUGUGGUAGAUUAUAACAAAAAUUUUGAUUAAAAAGGCUACUAGUGACAUGUUAACUUUACAAACUGUUCGUGUUUAUGUCCUAGAACUGGUGAUAUCUUUGCUCGAAGGAUAGAAUAAUUAUAUUUUAGAAAAUAUAAGCUCAGUAGUAAACUAUAAAGUAUUAGAAGAAACAUUCUUACAAACUUUUAAGCACAUAGUGAAAACUUUCUUAAAUAUUGAAAUAAACGAAAGCAGCUAAGACAACACCAAUUUAUACUUUAUCCCUGAAAAGUUAAUUCAAAUAUACAAGUACUAGCUAGGUGAGAAUCUUCACCAGUCAGUCCUUUUGGAAGAGAAGAAUUAGCCUAUUAAAAUAUUAGUUUCUAUUUCAAAAAUUUUAAACAACUAUAAAAAGAUUUCCUAAGAAGUUUCAACCUAUGUUAAUUUCUAUAAAAAAAGAAUAUCAGAUCCAGCAAAUUACAGAACUACUUAUAAUGGAAUAAUAACAACAGGAUUUAAAUUUCUAGAUGGUAUAGUUUAAACCAUAGAAUUGGUUGAUAGUUUAGGAAACUUAAUAGAAUACUAAUAUAUUAUACCUCCAUAAUGUUUCUUUUUAUCAUAUGAAACUUAGAAUUAGUUCUUAGAAAAUGUUGAUAGAUCUAAUAAUGGCUCUAAGUUAGGAUCUAUGAUUGAUGCAAUUCCACACUUUAUGAUAGAAAUGGAAGAAAAUAGAAAAUUUUUCAAAAAUUACUCUCCACUCUGGCCUAAACUAUUGCAAAUAGUUAUGUUUGACUCUGAUCACUCUAAGCCAGUCAUACUGUUAGCCGUUAUCAACUUUAUUAUCACUAUCUUUGUAAGUUUCUCCUAUAAGAUUGAGGAUGGAUAGGUUGUUAGAGAGCAUACUACGUUUGUUAAGGUAUUAGGAAAACUAAAUGUCUAUCUUUCUAUGAUUAUACUUUCUUUCUAUCUUCUUCUAAGAUUUAAGAUAUACUAUAGGAUUGAUGUAAGUGAGUUAUAAACAUAAUAAAAUAUAGCUAAUAAAGAAGAGUAUAAGAAACAGGACAGUAAAGAGAAUAAGAUAAGGAUGUAGAUAUAAAAAAUAUUAUUGAUAUAUUCUAUUUUCAAAAGGAAAGAUUUGCUCCCAUUCUUUUUAAUUUUGAUUCUCUCUUUGUGUGGUAUUUAUAUUAGUGAAUUCUUCUUCUACUUGCUCUGUCUCUGCUUUGUCUUCGUUAAUAAAACCAUGAAUUCAGUACUACAGGCGCUUAAAAUGCGUUGGAGAAAAUUUUUAGGUAUAUUUUUGCUAAUUCUUAUCCUUUUAAAUAUGUAUGCAUUCACUGGUUUUACAAGCUUUAGCUAGAGAUUUUAACUUAAUGUACUUGGGCCUCAAGGAGAGUACAUUGACGAAUAGCUUUGCGACACUCCGUAUCAUUGUUUAAUAUCUCUAGUUCUCUACGGGUUAAGAGAAGAUAAUGGUAUUGGUACAUUUGGGUAUAACAUGAGCUUUGCCAACUCAAACUAUGAUUUCUAUACAACUUUUAUAUUUGAUUUUUCAUUUUUCAUCAUUAUUUCUCAGAUCAUGCUAAAUGUGAUUAGUGGUAUUAUCAUUGAUGCAUUUGCAGAUUUGAGAGAUGAAUAACAUCAAACGGAGUUUGAUAUAGAAAAUGUAUGUUUUAUAUGCGACAUUUAAAAAUGGGAGUUUGAAAAAAAUGGAUUCAACUUUGCGCGUCACACAACUAAGAUCCACAAUAUAUGGAAUUAUGUAAACUUCCUGGUCUAUUUAAACAUUUUAGGGAGAGAAAAUGCCAAUGGAACAGAAACAUAUGUGAUGAAUUAAAAUCUUGAUAGCAAUAAAUCAUGGAUACCAAACUAAAAAACAUUAGAGUUUUAUAAAAAAUGA